CAAUGUCAUUCAAUGUUGUUAUUGUUAUCUAUCCUUAACCAAUGCCCGGUUAUCACCACAAUCACGAAAGUAUUGUAAAAACGAAAUAUUUUUGUGUGUUGUGGUUUAGCUUAAAAUAUAAUGGUUCGUGAAGGUGUGCUGUCCCCGGCAGAGUCAGGCGAAUUCAUCGCCAAAAAUGCACAACAUGUUAAGAUUCACGAAUCGGGACUUGAGAAACUUUGCGAAGAGAUGUUGCCAUCUGUAACGGAUAAACUGGAGAUCCCAGACACAGGUGCAGACAUUAUCCAUCCUGACAAGGAUCAUGAGAAGGCCGCAGACUGGGUGUUUGUGGCGGAUGCCCUUAACUUUUGUUUCUGGUCAUACUCAGGUGCCCAGAAGUGGACUGUUGAUGGCCAUUCUGGGUACUAUGCUCUUGAAGCUGCACUUGCUAGAGCUAUAAAGAAUGGAAUUGAUGUAACAAAUCCUAAAUACUACUCUAAGAUAACCGAAGAUGAGUUGCGGUCAAUAAUGAAAGGUGACAAUGAAGCUGAAAUACCAUUGUUUGAGCAAAGAAUUGCAGUACUCCAUGAAGUAGGGUCCAUACUGCUGGAGAAGUACAAUGGUACCUUUGAAACAUGCCUGAAAGAAGCUAAUAAGUCCGCUACAAAAUUACUAGACAUUAUUGUAAAUAAUUUCCCAUGUUUCCGUGAUGAAGCUGUGUUUAAAGGACAGAAAGUAGCCUUAUAUAAGAGGGCUCAAAUCUUAGUGGCAGAUCUGUGGAAUUUCUUUGGUGGUACAGGGUGGGGAGAGUUCAAUGACAUUGACAAAAUGACAAUGUUUGCGGAUUACAGAGUGCCGCAGGUGCUUGUUUAUUUUGGUGCACUCAGUUACAGUGAUGAAUUGAUGGAUAAGUUGAAAAAAGAUGUUCUUCUUCCAAGCGGUUCAGAAGAAGAAGUAGAAAUCCGAGGUUGCUCCAUACACGCUGUAGAGCUUCUUAAGAAGAGAAUAGAAGUGAAACUAGAAGGUCGCAGUGUGGAGGUACCUAACUCCAGUCUGAUAGACUAUUACCUAUGGUGUUACAGGAGGAAGUAUGCUGAUGCCAUGGAAAGUAUACCCUUCCACAAGACCCUAGGAAUAUAUUACUGAUGGUAUUAUUAAUAUUUUCGUAUUGUAGCCUAAGUGAGACAUAUUAAAUUAAUUAUUCUCUUUAAUGACUAUCCUAGUAACUGUUUGAUGAAUGACUCCAUUUCGCUGUCCCUAAUCGUGUGACGCUAGGAGCUAGCGUGGGCCGACAUGAGUCGAAUUCCUUGUUAAACAGAUCUAAGAAUCGAAUUUAAUAAGUAUUAUUAUUACCUAAACAUACGUUUACGACAAUGUUCAAUGAAAUGAAAUCAAUGGUGCUGGUUAUCCAAAUAUAUUAAUUUGAUGUUGAAGUAUUUUAAUUAUUUUUACUUGUCUAUUUUAUUGUUAUUUAACUGAAACCUGUCCCACGUUGGGCGCCAGUGAGACAUUAGAUUUUUAUACCUUCUCAUAGUGUGGGUCGUAACAAAUAUCUGAACUCAAACACAUCGCCAUAUAUUUUAUAUUGUGUAAUAAAACAUAUAAGCACUAUUAUUGUUUGUAUUAUAUCAGAUAUGACAUUCAUAUCAAUCUAACAACCGCGCCUUUUCUAAUAAUUGAUAAAAUGUAGAUAAUCAUUACUUUUGGCCGCUCAAAUUUUUCAUUAUUCAUUGUUCAGCCGUUUGUUAGUUCUUAUGAGGCACACACACACUUACAGUUUCGCACUUUUUUAAUAAAUUGAGGUAGGAUUUUGUAAUCUGCGCUUGGGUCUUCAGCUGUUCUUAUCACAGCCACAUUGUGGAUGUUGUCACUCGGUCAUAUUGGAAAUAUAUUUAACCAAGCGCCAAUGUUACAAAUAUUUGAUAUAGGUAUAAAUAAAACAAUUAUAUAUACGUUAAAUAUUUUAUUGUAUGCCACCCUUAUCCAUAUUUGUCGACGUGUGAUGUAGUGUCGAACACGCCUAUCACAUACAAAUGGUCCGCUAAGUAAACUUAUUGCACAUCCUACCAUUUAUACAAUAUAUAGUACACAACCUAUGUAUACGUACAUAUACCCAAUUAUAUUUAUUUAUUUACAACUUUGGCAUUAGCUAAACUCAAUGGUAUGUUGCCGAAGAAAUGUGCUUAAUUUCGCCUAUUUACACAAUUUUCGUUUGGUAUGUUAAGUGAUUUUGUACCAAAUUUAUGAACAUACAAAGCCGAAUUUAGUUUAUCAUCUACAAAACUUAAGGUAGGUACUAGUCCAAUUGUAAAGAAGAUUUAGGCAACCUAUUUCUUCACGCUCGGCCACGCCGUAGAUUUUAUUAAAGGAUAUCACAACACAAUUUGCAAUAUUUUAAAUAAAUACAUCGAUAUAUUAUUAUAUCAAUAAUGCCCACUCAUAUAUUUUACAGAGAAACUAGAGUAAAUGAAGUAAUGCACAUUUCUUCCGCAACACUCCCUCAAUUUCUAAUUAACUUAAAUAAAUGGGAAAUGAUGAUUACAAAAUGGCACUUAAUAUUUACACCGUAACCUACCAUUUACUCUCAUUAAAUAAUGUGACCGCUACUAGGUAUUAUGCUCUACGCUCUACAUUACUGUAUAACUACAGGGAAUUCUGCCCUCGUUUAGUAUUUUAACUACAUCACUUGUUUGGUACAAAACAAACAAAUUGUAGUUAAACUACUGCGAUAGACAGCACGCAAUGAACUGAAAAUCAUGCUAAUAUCUCUCAUGCUACGUUGUGCACGGUAUCUAAGAGAUUGUUGAUUCUACGAUUAGUGAACAUUUGUUACACUGAAAAGCGACAGCGAAGUGCAACGUUGAACACAUUUGACAUAAUCCCCGCGAGCACAUCACAUCGUAUUUACAAUUUACUUAGUGUAAUUAAUUUAAUUUGUGUUUAUGGCAUCGCUUUUCAAUCUAUCAAACGCUUCACUUAUUACUAAAUUUUGACUUGAGACUUUCGAAGAAGGCGAGUUUUGUUUUGAUGGUGCCUGGUUCUGGCACGGGGCUACCGGGCCUGCUAGAUUCUUUUGUGACCUCUUCAAUGCCUUCGGGGAUUUCCUUGGAGCCCCCCGGGACGGUGAGCGGCGUGGACAUGGAGAGUUUAAGUUCCUCCCUGAACUCCUUAGAGAUGCUCCUCGCUGUGAGGCUGUGCAUGUACUGCUGCUUGGUCUUCUCUGGUUUGCUCUCUGACAGGAUGUUUUCCUUGCUCUUCCUCCGCGCCGAGUAAGGUUGCACUGGCUGGAAAACAAACGACAUCUUGAUUAAUUUAAAAGUUUUAUUUUCCUAUGCCUAUCACAACCAUUGAUCGUAUCUUUUCGUAAGUAGCCUUUGAUAUUUUGAACGACGUAAUCUAACAUUGAUAUACAAUUCAGAUUAAAGUGAUAUUGAACUAAACUGGUUUAUGUAAAUACAAUUUUCCUUGUAAUUUGUUUUACAAAAAUGUCUAUAGUUUUAUUUGUGUAAAUGCAUAAAAAAAUUGUCAUGCGUUAAUAAAGAAUCGAUUUAGCUAUAGUUAAUUAAUCAACAGAUUUAGAACUUGAUACUUAACAUAGAUAAAACUUCAGUUUUCGGAAAAAAUGACGUCGGUCCGCGCUAAAUAUAAAACAUUAUCAAUAUUUACCUUGACUGGUUCUGCGACGUUCUCCAUGCUAACAAAUAUCUUCGCCAGUUCCUUCACUUUGGGCAGGUUCUGCAGGAUGUCAUCCGCUUCUCUAGCUCUCUCUAGCUUCGACAAUUUGGUGUCUUCGACAGGACUGUCUUCGGUCACGUCAUCCGUAUAACUAACAGUAUCAGUUUCCGAGAUGUUGUUAUCAACGAUAUCGGUGUUGUCGUUGGUGUCAGCCUCAUAGCUUGGUGAUACGUUAUCAGGCUUACAUUUAAUAAUCUCUCCUGUUUGCACGUUGUAGAUUUUGAUGGAGUCCUCCAUGCUACUCGUGCUUAUGUAAGACGUGUCCACGCUCAGCGGGGAUUUCAGAGGUUCAUCGGUUGGAUCUUCGUUUUGAGCUGUAGGUACUGGAGGUGGAGGCUCUUUUGGCACUUUGGAAGCUGUUUCUAGAAUUUCUUCGAACUGUUUGUCUGUGUCAUCUUCGACGUACACGGGUUUAGCGGCGAAUAGCGUGUGUUCGCUGGCGUCGUCGUCAUACUCAAUCAUAAUUUCAUGGUUGUUGUUAGUGCUUGUAGUCACCGACGCCAUGUCCUCUUUGUUCGCGAACUUUGUGUAAUGUUGGUUCGUCGCUAUCGUGUGGAAUUGUUUUAUAAGUAAUCCCUGAAAACGUUAUAGACGUUAUCAUUGUGUAAUUAGUUAAAUUCCAAAAUUUUAAGUUUGUUUAUGAAUUUAAACAUUUACAGCUAUAUCCCCAUUGUUUGAUUUUGUACAACAUAAGAUAACUAAUAGUAUCUACGGAAAGUGCAUGAGUGUUAAAGUUAGUAUUUCGUAAAAAAUAUUGGGGUUAUAUUAUUGUUAUUACUAAACCGGCGGUGCCUGGAAGCAUUAAAACGUGCAGCGCUAUUAGUCCCACUAAGAACAAGAGUAGUAUUGACACAAUUGGAAAUAUAUAAAUAAACAUUAAUUGACGAGUUGCAACGAAUGAAAUGAACGUGUGUGAAGUGUUUCGAAUGAGUUAGUCGUGGAAAGGAUGCGAGUCGUAUUUGUAGAAAUCGUUAGUUGGCAAGCAGUCGGAUGCAGUUAGUCAAAACUUGGUUUUCCAAAAUCUUACACUCACCACUAACGUCUUUGAGGAUUACCGUAGUACUGAAAAUUUGAUUAAGAAGAACACAAAAUCUAUGAGUGCAGUACUAAGUAGUAACAUUUGUAUUAAUAGUGCACAGUGCUGUUAGUCAGCCUCUUUAUAUCCAACAAGUACAUGCCAACUUUACACACAACAGGCUAUAUACUGUGUGUCAAACGAAGAUAUUUUAGAUUUAUGUUCGAUUUAGUAAUGAGAUAGAGUUCUGUCACCAUAUCUAUGGAAGUGACCGUGAUGUCAGUUAUGGUACCUACAGUAUGGGCGACUCGGCUCGACAGGAGGCCAUGUAUCGUACACAGUUAGAGAUUCACAUGUUGAGAUAUCGGUCAGUGGGAGUGCCAUUGAGAGCGAAGAAGGUGUAUUAGACUAUGAGAGGAGUCGGAACUAGAGGGCUAGAGGGUGCUCUGUCACCAGAUAUCGGUACGAAAGCCUUUGCUUAACCUGAGACUGCCACCGAAUGUAAAAUUGAGAGCCGGGCGGCGCUUGGCGCGGACGCAGAGGUCCUCGCUGCGCAGCGUGUUGCUCCGCCUAACAUGGGUGUACGUCUCGAAAAGGUCUUCGGUAAUCUCGGGUAUUUUCGGUAUUUUAAGUCUAACUAUAUCCUCGUUUUCCACAUAACCGUCACCGUCGCACACAGUUCUACAUUGUUGUCUUACGUUGGCAUUUUGACCGACAUAGCGUUCGUCUGUCGCAUGAUUCUCGUCAGCGUUAUCAUUGUGUCUAUCGGGGUUUUCGAAAAUGGGGUUUAUAGCGAAGUUGGGGCUCGCAUUCCUAGGGCUGAGGACGUUGCGGACGAUGUUGUGAUGUAGGGCGGAGGCCUCGAGGUCGCUCAACGAGCUGCUGGCACUUACAGGCGACGCGAACUCGGCGUCGAAAUUGUCUAAACUGGUAGAUUUAUUCAUUGACGCCGAGGACACCGUGCUCGCCUCGUCCACGCUCGUCUUUUUGCGACCGCCGCACGACGCCUUGGCCUCUCUUAUAUAAUAAUCACGUCCGUAACUGGAAACAAUAAUUUAUUUUGUACACUCGGCCGUUUAAUGCAAUACUUACUACUUCAUUUAUUUUCUGGAUUUCCUCUUACCGUUUAUAUUGUGGAAUUUCCUCAGCCAUCACAUCUUUCAAUAUUCUAGGCGACGGACUUUUUGUUGUUCUUCCGAUACUAUUUAUACUAUCAUUACUCAUCGUUAAACUUAAUUUAUUGUGUUGAUUAUCUUUAACUGGAAGAUCAUUGAUUUCAGUGUCGCCCUCAUCUGCCUCAUUAUCGUUUAUUUCUAUGUUGUCAUCAUCUGAUUCCUUUUUUGCAGUGAACAUGUCGAACAGUGAUGACGUAUUCUUGGCGGAUAGCCUUUUCUGAAUGGCUUCCGGUGAGUAAGGGUUGUUCGGCAUUUCUACAUAGUUCAGCCAUUUCUUACGCUCUCUGUAAGCUAUUGAACCUGAAAUCGUUUUCUUCAUAUUAGUGCAAGUCAAUGUUAGUGAAAUAUAUAUUUACUUACUAAAAAACAAGUUUUGAUAUUCGUCAAUAAUAUAAUGGCAUAUUUUUUUUCGUAAUUACUAUUAAUUGUAGGUGUUUUUAUAAGCUAUGAGAGUUUGACUCCCAAAACUUGAAACUACGUAAGUAAAUUAUCUGUAAUAAGCCACGUACCUGGUAUCAAAUCAUCUUGAUCAGUAUCGCGAGUGGGAAUUCUGAAAUUAAAUGAAUCAGCUCAGUAAAGAUACCACUAUCAGAAGCAUUAAAGAAAAAUCCAAUGUAAGUCCUUGUAUUUAUGUUUUCAGAAAAAAUACAAGUAUUUGGUCGCUUGUGUUGUGGAUAAAUUCACAAAUAUUUAGACAUACACAUGUAUGAAUUAAACAAAUAAUAACUGGUUUAGAAGUAAAACUAUCCGCAUGUUCAUAUUUAUAAAUUGUCUCUAAAAUGCUACACAUUGUCUUUGUUCUUUAACAUCUUCAUGGUCAAGGCACAUAUAUGUAGGUAUAUGCAAUUUCACCCUGCAAACUAGGUAGGUACUUACUCCUGAGGUCCGUCAUCGAAAUGCUUCCUGCGGAGACUGUCUGCGUACCUCUGCACGGGCACUGUCACCGUUUCCUCGUAUUCACCUUCACGCUCGUGAUGACUCAGAGUAUUCGUCGAUU